UAAGAGCAUUGCUUGUUUGUGUUAUAAAAUGACAAUAUUUAAUAUUUUCCUUGGGUAUUGUUUUGUCUUAAGUACUUAUAAAGUACAAGAAACUCUCGCUGAGCAAUCUCCAGUAGCUUUUACUUUCAAAGAAUACCAAUACAAAGAUUCACCGAAAAACGAAAUGACGUUCAGAGAGUUUGAGACAGCAUGUGAGCAAAGCGGAGCAUGCAGUCAAACUACAGGACUUUUAAAAACACGAUGUGUCAGAGAAUGUGUGUCGCCUUCAUGCUACAGAGAACUUUAUCAAGACGAUGCGCUAGAGGAAGGUGAAAUAGAUGUUCGACUAAACUCUUUCAAGGGAUGUUUCAUACAGAGAAGCGGUCGAACAAGAAAUUGAUUUCGUCCAAAAAUAGUAUCUAUACUGGUACUAUGUGCUAAUAAAAUCGUAAAGACCCGUCGGAAAGUACGUUUCAUGUUGUUAGUAAGUAUUUAUCAAACUUUCGUGUAGUGUAG